AUGGCAUUGAUGGCAGCCACAGCAAGCUCAGCAACUGUUGUUAAGCAAACUUCUUUCCUUGGUCAAAGGAAGGCUGCCAAUCCUCUUAGAGAUGUUGUUGCCAUGGGAACUCCCAGAUUCACCAUGAGAAAUGAUUUGUGGUAUGGACCAGACAGAGUGAAAUAUUUAGGACCAUUUUCAGCUCAGACUCCUUCAUACUUAACUGGAGAAUUCCCUGGUGAUUAUGGAUGGGACACUGCUGGUUUAUCUGCUGAUCCAGAAGCAUUUGCCAAGAACCGGGCUCUUGAGGUUAUCCAUGGAAGAUGGGCUAUGCUAGGAGCACUAGGAUGCAUAACACCAGAAGUACUUCAAAAAUGGGUUAGAGUUGACUUCAAGGAACCAGUUUGGUUCAAAGCAGGAUCACAGAUCUUCUCAGAAGGUGGACUUGACUACUUAGGAAACCCUAACCUUGUUCAUGCACAAAGUAUCCUAGCAGUACUAGGUUUCCAAAUUGUUCUAAUGGGACUCGUCGAAGGUUUUCGCAUCAAUGGACUUCCCGAUGUCGGAGAGGGCAAUGAUCUUUACCCUGGUGGGCAAUACUUUGAUCCUCUUGGUCUUGCCGACGAUCCGGUUACUUUCGCGGAGCUUAAAGUGAAGGAAAUCAAGAAUGGAAGAUUGGCUAUGUUCUCUAUGUUUGGUUUCUUUGUUCAAGCUAUUGUUACUGGUAAAGGACCUUUGGAGAAUCUGUUGGAUCACCUUGAUAACCCUGUUGCUAACAAUGCAUGGGUUUAUGCUACAAAGUUUGUGCCUGGUGCUUAA